CCCGCGUCCUACUUUAUUCAGAUACCAAGCCCGCCUAAUACAUAGGUACCUAAAUCAGUUGGGUAUACCGUAUCAACCAUCGCCAUUAUGCAACCCAUUCGCGUGUGGAUGGCCGGUCCUAAGGAGAUGGCCGGCCCCAAUCCGUGGAAGGUCGUCUUCGUCCUGGAGGAGCUGGGCCUUCCGUAUGAGCUCAAAGUGGUACAUGCCAGCACCAUCAAAUCUCCCCCUUUGACCGAUCUCAACCCCAAUGGCCGAGUUCCAGUUAUCGAGGAUCCUAACCGGGAUCUCGUCCUCUGGGAGUCCGGCGCUGUGCUUACCUACCUCGUCCAAGAAUACGACAAGAACCACACGUUGACAUACCCUGGGGGAAACGAGGUCCAUCAUGUGAAUCAAUGGCUUUACUUCCAAACCAGUGGUCAGGGUCCUUACUUUGGUCAGGCUGGAUGGUUUAGAUUGCACCACCCGGAGCGUGUCCAAUCUGCCAUCGACCGGUAUACGAAUGAGGUUUGGCGGGUUAUAGGCGUGUUGAACAAGGCUCUGGAGGGUAAGGAGUGGCUGGUCGGCGACAAGAUGACGUUUGCCGAUAUGGCUUUCGUGUCGUACAACAGCCUCGUGCAUCUCAUGUUGGAUUGUCCGGCGGAGGACGCUUUGAAGGAGUACCCCAAUGUUGAUGCUUGGCAUAAGCGCAUGGCGUCGAGGGAUUCGUGGAAGAAGGUCUUGGAGCUGAAGGGCACCCUAGAGGUCAACGUUUAAAGACGUGUUCUUGUCUCCUUGAGGAAAGCCCUAAAGUGCCAUUUCAGCUAAUGAUCGUCUUAAUGAUCCUUGCCAGUGAGAGCACAUGAGGCAUCUGAAGUCCGAGGAUGGUAGACCGUAGGCUGGCAUGAACAAUGGAGCUGAUGGUUGAGUGAGAGUCGAGACCAGGAAAGUAAAUGUGAAAGAAGCUGAUCUUGGGAGGAUAU